ACUAGAGGUUUCGAGGUAGGCCAGGGCGGCUGGAGAGCCCUACUUGAGAAAAAUGUUCUAUGGCACAGCUCAGCAGAUGGGAUUGAUUGCCAAUGUAAUAUCCGCUGUCAUAAGAGAUUGCUCUCAGACCCUCAACAGAAUAGUUAGUCAGCGAAGUUUAACAAAUGAAAUCAAUCGAUUGAUGUUUUGGAUUGAUUUGUUUCCCGCAACAAAUAAUGUUGUUAUUUUGUUAAGUCUUUUUAAGCAAAGGAACUCGAGGAGCAAUGUAAACAGAAAGUGAAAGAGUCCGGUAAUGUAUUUAUAAAUAUUUGUUGUUUUGUUGUUGUUUUUGUGUGUGUGUUUAUCGAAAAAUAAUUAAACAACUCCCAAAAACAAAGUUUUACGUAUAAAUCUUUUAUAUGUAUUUUUUAUUAUUAUUUUAUUUCAUAUUAAUAUUCUAAUUCUCAGUGAUUAUUUCAGAAAUUUUCCCCCGGGGGGCACUUCAGAUUUUUCGGGGAGGGGGGGGGGUAUUUUUUUUUAUUUUUAAAAGUUAACUUGUUACUGAUGUCCAAUAUAACAGACGUAAUAUGAAAAUUGCACAUCAUCAACAGGGCAUAUCAGCAAACGUGGAUAUCAGCAACAGUGAACGACGAUAAAAUUACUCAACAGAACGACUGCAGGCCACAAAAUGAUUGUUGUUGGUGGUUGUUGUUUGUUAUCUGUUGUUAUUGUUUUUUGGUUGUUAUUGAUUGCUGUUGUUGGUCGUGGUUGUUGGUGGUUGUUGUUGUUGGUGGUUGUUGUUGUUGCUGGUUGUUGUCGUUGGUGGUUGUUGUUGUUGCUGGUUGUUGUUAGUGGUGGUUGUUAUUUUUGUUAGUGGUGGUUGUUGUUGUUGUUGGUAGUGGUUGUUGUUGUUGGUGGUGGUGGUUGUUGUUGUUGGUGGUGGUUGUUGUUGUUGUUGUUGGUGGUGGUUGCUGUUAAUGCUGGUUGUUGUUGUUGCUGGUUGUUGUUGUUGGUGGUGGUUGUUUUUGUUGUUGGUGGUGGUUGUUGUUGUUGUUGGUGGUGGUUGCUGUUAAUGCUGGUUGUUGUUGUUGCUGGUUGUUGUUGUUGGUGGUGGUUGUUUUUGUUGUUGGUGGUGGUUUUUGUUGUUGUUGGGGGUUGUUGUUGGUGUUGUUGUUGGUUGUUGUUGUUGGUUGUUGUUGUUGUUGGUUGUUGUUGUUGUUGGUGGUGAUUGUUGUUGUUGUUGUUGGUGGUUGUUGUUGUUGGUGGUGGUUGUUGUUGUUGUUGUUGGUGGUGGUUGUUGUUGUUGGUGGUUGUUGCUGUUGUUGGUGGUGGUUGUUGUUGCUGGUGGUUGUUGUAGUUGUUGGUGGUGGUGGUUGUUGUUGUUGUUGGUGGUGGUUGUUGUUGUUGUUGUUGGUGUUGGUGGUUGUUGUUGUUGUUGGUGGUGGUUGUUGUUGUUGUUGGUGGUAGUGGUUGUUGUUGUUGGUGGUGGUUGUUGUUGUUGGUGGUGGUUGUUGUUGUUGUUGUUGGUUGUUGUUGUUGUUGGUGGUGGUUGUUGUUGUUGUUGUUGGUGGUGGUUGUUGUUGUUGGUGGUUGUUGUUGUUGUUGGUGGUGGUUGUUGUUGCUGGUGGUUGUUGUAGUUGUUGGUGGUGGUGGUUGUUGUUGUUGUUGGUGGUGGUUGUUGUUGUUGUUGUUGGUGUUGGUGGUUGUUGUUGUUGUUGCUGCUGGUGGUUGUUGUUGUUGUUGUUGGUGGUGGUGGUUAUUGUUGUUGUUGUUGAUGGUUGUUGUUGGUGGUGGUGGUGGUUGUUGUUGUUGGUGGUGGUGGUUGUUGUUGUUGUUGUUGGUGGAGGUUUUUGUUGUUGGUGGUGGUUGUUGUUGUUGGUGGUUGUUGUUGUUGUUGGUGGUGGUGGUGGUUGUUGUUGUUAUUGGUGGUGGUUGUUGUUGUUGGUUGUGGUUGUUGUUGUUGGUGGUGGUUGUUGUUGGUGGUGGUGGUGGUUGUUGUUGUUGGUGGUGGUUGUUGUUGUUGUUGGUGGUGGUUAUUGUUGUUGUUGGUGGUAGUUGUUGUUGUUGUUGGUGGUGGUUGUUGUUGUUGGUGGUGGUUGUUGUUGGUGUUGGUGGUUUUUGUUGUUGGUGGUUGUUGUUGUUGUUGGUGGUGGUUGUUGUUGUUGGUGGUGGUUGUUGUUGGUGGUUGUCGUUGUUAGUGGUGGGGUUGUUGUUGUUGGUGGUGGUUGUUGUUGUUGUUGGUUGUUGUUGUUGUUGGUGGUGGUUGUUGUUGUUGGUGGUGGUUUUAGUUGUUGGUGGUGGUUGUUGUUGUUGGUGGUGGUGGUUGUUGUUGUUGGUGGUGGUGGUUGUUGUUGUUGUUGUUGGUGGUGGUUGUUGUUGUUGGUGGUGGUUUUUGUUGUUGUUGGGGGUGGGUGUUGUUGUUGGUGGUGGUGGUUGUUGUUGUUGGUGGUGGUGGUUGUUGUUGGUGGUGUUGGUGGUUGUUGUUGUUGUUGGUGGUGGUUGUUGUUGUUGGUGGUGGUGGUUGUUGUUGUUGUUGUUGGUGGUGGUUGUUGUUGUUGGUGGUGGUUGUUGUUGUUGUUGGUGGUGGUUGUUGUUGUUGGUGGUGGUGGUUGUUGUUGUUGGUGGUGGUGGUUGUUGUUGUUGUUGUUGGUGGUGGUUGUUGUUGUUGGUGGUGGUGGUUAUUGUUGUUGGUGGUUGUUGUUGGUGGUGAUGGUGGUUAUUGUUGUUGUUGUUGGUGGUUGUUGUUGUUGUUGGUGGUUGUUGUUGUUGUUGUUGGUGGUGGUUGUUGUUGGUGGUGGUUGUUGCUGUUGUUGGUGGUGGUUGUUGUUGCUGGUGGUUGUUGUAGUUGUUUGUGGUGGUGGUUAUUGUUGUUGUUGGUGGUGGUUGUUGUUGUUGUUGGUGGUGGUGGUUGUUGUUGGUGGUUGUGGUUGUUGUUGUUGGUGGUGGUGGUUGUUGUUGGUGAUGGUGGUUUUUGUUGUUGGUGGUGGUUGUUGUUGUUGGUGGUGGUGGUUGUUGUUCGGGAUGGCUGUUAUUGGUGACUGUUGUUUGUGGUGGUGGUUGUUGGUGUUUGUUGUUGUUGCUGAUUGUUGUUGAUGUUGGUGAUGUUUGUUUUGUUUGUUUGUUUUUAUCGGCUUUGUCUUUAUAACCGACCAAACUGUGCAUUCAAACUGUGUUGAACACAUUUCUUUUUUACUUUAGCACACCACAUGACGUCAAAGAUAAGACAUGGUCAACCCAGUUUUAUGUCCUUAUUGUCUCGUGACCCAGGUAACGGUCAUUAGUGAAUUUAUUGUCAGUUCAUAUAAGUAAUUAGACGUGCAAUGACAUAAUCAAAAACUCUUUGGUAAGAUACACCACGCAAAUUGAGAUUGGUAUGUUAAGAUACACCACGCACAUUGAGAUUGUAUGUUAAGAUACACCAUUCACCUAGAGAGGGUAUGUUUGCAUGUGUGUUAAUUUAAAAAUCACACUGAAAUUUUCCCGCUCAAUUCAUAUUUGUAAUGCCACACACGUUAGAACAUUGCAAUCGUGAAUAUUUUGUUAAAGAUUUGUUAUUUUACGAGUGUUGAAGAAUUAGUUGUUAUUUCACGAGUUUUGAAGAAUGAGGUGCUAUUGGGGGGUGUUGAAGAAUGAGGUGCUAUUUGGAGACAGUAGCUUAAAAAGACGAAAAUAAUUGAAACAGAUAUUAAUGUUUUUGAACUGCCCAUCAUUAAUAACAAAGAAGUGACGACACAAUAUAUCGGUGGACGAAUCAGGAAACAGAACACUCAACACAUUUUGUUUUGUUCUAUGCUUGGGGUGGUGAGUUGCCAGAAAAAUGUACAUGAAAAUAUUAAUUACAAGAAGUAAUGCUGCGUAAAGCAUGGACAUAGACGUCGUCGUAACAUAACGCCACCUGUAGGCACAGCGAUGAAUGAAUCAACGAGCAGAGACCUCAUCAAGGUGGAGAUAAUUAGCUGUUGACCCCUCAAACACGGUUGCUGACCGUGGCUAAAGUCUUGUCCAAUGAGAUCAGUCAGCGAGGCACCCCCCGGGGGCUCAAUUCUCAAGUUUCUAGCGACAAAAAUAUGUUAAUGUAAAUUAUUGACAUUAUAUCUUGUUAUGAACGAAAUUUUUCCUGUGUUUUGAGUUUAAUUCAGCAAAAUAGUAUACUUUGAUCAUGAUUACCGCAUCUUACACAAGUGUGUAUUUGAACAGUGAAGGUUGUGGGAAGAGAUGGUGUCUGAUAAAAAGCCAAAGUAACAUCGUCGGUAAGUUUUGGUGAUUAUCAAAAGGUUAAACUGUAUAUCUUUGCCAUAAUACGGGGAUGUUUAGAAGACUUUCGUGGUUAUAAACUAGCUUUCCGUGAAUGACCACACACACAAAAUAAUUAAUCUAUAUAUAUAAAAAUGAAUGUUUUAUGUCUGUCUGUAUGUCUGUAUGUCUCGUAUGCGCUCCUACACCAUUCUAGCGAUUGCGACAAAACUUUAAACAGUUGUUUUCCACAUAACCGGCCAUUUAACUAAGUCAUUAAAAAUCUUAUCAAAAGUUCCGUUCCUAGCCGUUGGCCCUUAAUUCGUUUUUUUUCUUAUAUGAGCUUUGUAAAAUAUUUUCCACAUGCGCUCCUACGCCAUUUAUCCGAUUCAUAUAAAACUUUGGUGCAAUGUUGCGAGCAUGUUUAUAAACAUUUCUAAAUUAUUACAAUCGUUUUAAAUUAUUUAGUUUUGAGCCAGGGGCCUCACAUUCGUUUUUCCUUAUAUGAGCUAUAUAAAUAUAUUUUCAAACCGUAUGCGCUCCUACACCAAUCAUGCGAUUGCUACAAAACUUAGUGAGUUGUUGUCCAUGCGCAAAUGCAUUUUACUGUGUUAUUUAAACACUUUUAAAAAUAUUCCGUUUUCGGCCGUUGGCCCUUAAUUCGUAUUUUUUUCUUAUAUGAGCUUUGUAAAAAAUAAUUUUCAUAUGCGCUCCUACGCCAUUUAUCCGAUUCCGAUAAAACUUUGGUGAGAUGUUGCAAACAUGUCCAUAAAGGUUUCUAAAUUAUUACAACCGUUUUAAAGUAUUCAGUUUUGAGCCAGGGGACUCACAUUCGUUUUUCCUUAUAUGAGCUAUAUAAAUAUAUUUUCAAACCGUAUGCGCUCCUACACCAAUCAUGCGAUUGCUACAAAACUUAGUGAGUUGUUGUCCAUGCGCCAGUGCAUUUUACUGUGUUAUUUAAACACUUUUAAAAACAUUCUGUUUUCGGCCGUUGGCCCUUAAUUCGUAUUUUUUCUUAUAUGAGCUUUGUAAAAAAUAAUUUUCAUAUGCGCUCCUACGCCAUUUAUCCGAUUCCAAUAAAACUUUGGUGAGAUGUUGCAAGCAUGUCCAUAAAGGUUUCUAAAUUAUUACAACCGUUUUAAAGUAUUCAGUUUUGAGCCAGGGGACUCACAUUCGUUUUUCCUUAUAUGAGCUAUAUAAAUAUAUUUUCAAACCGUAUGCGCUCCUACACCAAUCAAGCGAUUGCUACAAAACUUAGUGAGUUGUUGUCCAUGCGCCAGUGCAAUUUACUGCGUUAUUUAAACACUUUUAAAAACAUUCUGUUUUCGGCCGUUGGCCCUUAAUUCGUAUUUUUUGAAAUAUGAGCUUUGUAAAAAAUAAUUUUCAUAUGCGCUCCUACGCCAUUUAUCCGAUUGCAAUAAAACGUAAAACUUUGGUGAGAUGUUGAAGCAUGGCCGCAGAGGUUUUUAAAUUAUUAUAAACUUUUCAAAAUAUUCCAAUUUUAGCCAGCGGCCUUAUUUACGUUUUUUUCUUAUACGAGCUAUAUAAAUAUUAUUUCAAACCGUAUGCGCUCCUGCACCAUUCACGCGAUUGCGACAAAACUUUGACGAGUUGUUAUCUAUAAACAUAACCAUUCAUUACAACACUUUUAAAAUAUUCCGUUUUGGGCCGUUGACCCAAAUUCUUAUUUUUUCUUAUAUGCGCUUUGUAAAAAAUAAUUUUCUAUGCGCUCCUAUACCAUUUUUCAGAAUGCGAUAAAAAUUUAGUGAGAUGUUGUUCUAUCGCCCACAAAGGUUCUUAAAUUACUACAACCGUUUUAAAAUAUUCAGUGUUGAGCCAGGGGCCCUAUGUUUGUUUCUUACAAAAUGAGCUAUAUAAAUAUAAUUUCAAACCGCAUGCGCUCCUACAUCAUUCAAGCGCUUGCGAUAAAACUGAGGUGAGUUGUUGUCCAUAAGCCAGAGCAUUUUUCUAAGCCAUUAUAACUCUACUAAAAUAUUCCUUUUUUUUGGCAAUCGCCCCAAAUUCGUGUUUUUUUCCUUACAUUAGGAGCUUUAUAAAAAAUAAUUUCCGUAUGCGCUCCUCUACAUUAUUACAAUGCGAUAAAAUUUUAGAGAGAUGUUGUGCGCGCGCCCGCCCGCAAAGGUUUCUUAAAUGAUUACAACCAUUUUAAAAUACUCCGUUUUUAGCCAGGGGUCCUAUGUUCGUUUUUUCUAUAUAAGCUAUACAACUAUAAUUUUAAGCUAUACAACUAUAAUUUCAAACAGAGCUAAAGCAUGAAUGGAUAGCUUUUUAAUCAAAUACAAAUAGUGAUAUUAAAUUGAGUGUGUGACAUAUUAAGUAGGUUUCUGAAGUAAUACAACAAUUCUACAAUAUUCCAUUUGUGGAGGGGGGUCCUAAAUUCGUUUUCCACACUUCUAUUAUCUAUAUAAUUAUAGUAUGCAUUUCUAUACCAUUCAUUCGAUUGUGAUCAAACUGGGUCAAGUGAAAUGCGCACUACCGAAAAUGUUUCUAAAUUAGAAAAAAACAUUUUACAAUAUUCCGUUUGGGCCAGUGACCCUAAUUUCAUAUUUUCUUCUAAGAGCUUUGUAACUAUAAUUUCAAACAGAGCUAUUGCAUGUGUGGAAGUAGCUGAAUCCGCCGGCAAAUUUUUCAAAUUUAGUACAUCCAUUGUACAAUAUUCCAAUUAGGGCUGGGGACCCUAAAUUCAAUUUAUUUUCUUAAAUGAGCUUCAUCAAUAUAAUUUAUAACGAAGAUAUCAACACUACCGCCCUUGAACAAAUGACACAUUUGUAGUAAAGCAGAGAAAACACGUUUUUACAUUUUUAGUGUAGAGAGUAUUUUUGUUAUGUGUAUAAAUAAGCUUGAAUUUUGUGACGCAUUUUAGAAUCGGAAAUGACAUCGAAAUCGCGUUUUUUUUUUCAACUAAGAGUAUUUCUUGAAUAGAGUCUUAUAAUUUCGGAGUUGUUUUGUGUUAUGUAAAUACAUUUUACACCAAUCGAUGGUUUCUCAAGUAAUUAAAUAACACACUUGACAGCGUAGAUAUUGAACUAUGGUCAUUUUUUACCGCUGGAAUUUACGAUUUAUAAAUUAAUGAGAAACUAUACAACUGGAAAUCUCCUGCCAACAAUGAACGUACAUAUUGUUCGAGGUUUUCAUGUAAAAAGAUGGGAGAUCCUAACGUGUGAGAAUUACAUUCACCAUCAAAACCAUUAUCAUUGUUGGUAUCAGGUGACAAUAGCCAAUCGAAACAUUUCUUGGCAAACAUACGCAAAUGCAAUUCAUGUUUCCAAAUGACAUCGUUCGGUGCAACAAAUAUCGUGCGCGAGAAUUACAUGCCAACAUUUAAAGUAAAGUGAAAGGCCAAAUUUACCAUCGUGUAGGAUCUCUGAUGCCAAUGCCAAACACAGAUCACAAAUGUCUUCAAAUGAUUUCAUGGGGAAUACUGAUGAGCAAAUCAAUCAACGUUGUCAUAUCAAUACGGGCACUAAAUGAGAAAUCGUCGCUGCAAUGCAAACGUUAUUUUUGCAACACAAUGAAUUAAUUCAAAUGUAUAGAGUUGCACUUGAAAAGAUGCCGACUGAUGAAUACAAAGUCAUAGUUAGAGCAGACUAAACACCUGUCGGCCAACAUGAAAGACAAUACAAUGCACCAACAAUUGAUGAAGUGGCGAUCAUUAUAGUUGGCAAAGAAUUUAACUCAAGUGAUAUAAUUCUUCAUCGCAGAAGUGUUGAUGUUCAGCGAGUCUCAGAAACUCAUCGCUCAUACGUUUAAUUGCAAUAUCCUAUUUUAUUUUGGAAAGGAGAAGAUGGAUAUCAUUUUGACAUCAAAUUGAGAAAUUCGAAUAAGAAAGACAGUGCCACGAAAUACUAUUCAUAUCGAUUGAUGAUUCAUGAGUUGGGAAUGACCUCUCGAAAUCGAUCUGCAAACAAACUUUUCGCUCUUCAUUUGCAACGACAAACGCACUUUGAUAUCGAAGCAUUAGGUACGGUACAUUUUUUUCAAAUGAAUCUUCCGAAAUUGGUUCCAUUGAAGUUACUAUUUUAAAUGGAAAAUUUAAACUAGGUGAUGUACUUUUGCCAUUCACCCCAAUGAUUCCAACAGAUAUGCCAUUUGAAUUCAAACGCCUACAGUUUCCGAUGCUACACGCGUCUACAAUGACUAUCUACAAAGCACAGGGACAAUCGCUACAAGUUUGCAUGGAAAAUCCAUGCUUCGCCCAUGGACAGAUGUAUGUGGCCUGCUCUCGCGUCGGAAAAUCUUCUGAUUUAUUCGUGUAUAUACCAGAUGGAAAAACAAGAAAAACUUUGAGUAUUUAAAAGCUCUUGAAGAAACAUAACAUGCAAACACUUUCUUUCCUUGAGUGGCAUUACAACGCAUGCCGGGUACUCGCUAGUAUUAUAUAUUUAUUAUCUUUAAUUACCCGGUAUGAGCAUAUAAUCAAUAUUGCUUAUACGUAUUAAAUUAAUGAUAUUUCCGCAAAAUGAAUGGAAAGGUCUUUUACAUUUUAUCAAAUUUAUAUCGUAUUCAAUUCAUUAUAUUUUCGUAAAAAAAGGAACAUGUCCAACAUUUCAUUAAAGGACCAUGACGUAUUUAAAUUAAAUCGAUUUUUAAGGGUUUCAUUGUAAGCUUAGCUCCUACUUUGAUAGAUUAUGCAGCUCUUUUUUAAUAUUUUACACAAUGAGAGCUUACGUUUUUCUUUCCAAGUGUAAACAUAUAUAUGAAAAGCAUUCACAUGUUUUACUACUAAUCAUCCUUAUGUCUGUCCUUCUGUCCGGAGCUACCAGCACCAGUGGGAAAACCAGAAUUUAUAAGAAAUGGAAAGUAUUCAAAAUUGAAAAAAGAUUUUUCCCAAUCAUGGUUGGAUUGUUUAAACGUUUGACGCUACGCAUUUAAUCGGCAACGUCAAUAUCACCAGAAAGAAAAGGAGGUGUGGGGGGGGGGGGAGGGGUGAAAGCUUUAGUUCUAAGUUUAAGAGAAAUUAGGACAUGAUAUACCAUAACAGUCACACAAAACACUAGUGUCAGAAACACUUCAUAAAUAAAUACAACCUAUCUUUUUGGUGAUAUUCACAAAAAAUAAAUGUCUCUUAUAUAAUCAUAUAUAUAUAUAUAUAUUGCUUCUAGCUCGUCCUGCUAUCUUUUCUUAACUGUCCUCCCCCAACUCCACAUGAUGGAAUAAUAUUAAUACUACUAAGAUAAUUAAAGGCUGUCAUGCGGCGAGCUUCAUGUGCGAGUCUGAACUCAAGUAAAUAUGUUGAAUUUUGUUUUCUUUAGGAGUGGCGAGUAUAAUUUGGUGUUGCUAUCUCUCGUGUUCCUCUGUCACACAGUGAGCUUCAUGCAUACCUCAUGUCUAUGCCAGGAACCCGGCAAUGCCUGUUUCCUUCAGAUGAUUAUUUAUUCCCAUAAACCGUUGAUGAAAGCAAUGGCCUCUCAUUACAAUAGAGGGGAUUAGAUUUUGUUGUAUUUUGUAGAAGAUAAGGCGAUAAUUCUUUUUAAUAUCACCUUUAACAACCUGUUUUUUUUCCUCAAUUUACCCGGACCCGGUGUAACAAUUGCACCCGGUUAGGCAAUAGCAACAUAUAAUACAGAACACAGUCAGAAGAACUAACACCAUCAGGGCUAAACAUAGCUCAGCAUGAAAAAACCUUCACUAAACGAACACACUUGGGCUUAUGUUUCUUGAAUAAAACUUACUGUGACCUCCAUGUGUACAAUACAUACCUUAAUUCUUAAUGAACUGCCGUGAACUCUCAACAUCACUUCACUCUACAAAAACUUAAAUCUACUAAAAUCCAUGAUCCAAUGGUCACCACGAGUAACCUCAGCAUUUAAACAACCUACUCAUAUAUUGACCUUCCAUAAACCGAACAUUCACAACUUGCUCUCACAAAGAAAAAUCCCAAACUCACGAUCAACAACGUUCAUAAACAUACUGACCACGCCCACAAACCAGUUAGUACUAAAAGAUGUAUUGGCACCAACUAAUAACGUCACUUUUGAGAUGUUGUCGGUGGGUCGUCGAGUUUGCACUCAUAAUAACCCCCUGGCACUCCCCCAAACUUUUUCAUGUCCCUGAAAUACAAAAGAAAUAAUUGAACAAAUAUAUUUAUUUUCAUUAUAUAAUAAAUCCAUUGUAAUUUUUUCUCUCAUCAACAUUAUGUUAUAUUAGAAAAUAAUUGAAAAAAAAAAUUAAAUUGCAAUAUAAAUAAAUAUUCUGUACUUUUUUUUCUCUUAGCAACAUUAUGUUUCUUUAUAUAUGAUCACAACCCACAAACUAAACUACCAUAAAAAGUAAGAAUGACACAUUAGGAAUCGAUCAAGGAACUGAUAGGUGAUAUUGUCAUGGCUGAAAUCAUUUCUGUUAGACGUCAGAAUUCUAUUCGUGGUAGGAAUUUUGCACUGAUUUGACACGGUAUUCCUUUAAAGGGUUUUGGACACCAAAAAUAUAGGUCACAUGGCCUUGCGAUUGACUGAUCCCUAACAGAGAUUUAAUAUUUCCCUCUAGCCCCUGACACAUUGUCUCCCAGAGAGACGCAGGAAUGAAAUCGUACUUUGAUUUCAAAUCAGUGACGUCAGACUUUGUAACUAAUGAAAUAACGCCGGGUUGGAAAAGGUUCGUUACUAUUUGUGAUAUAUUUUACCAUAACCUUUCCAAGAUAAUUCUCUAUACAUGUUUGACCCAACGUUGGGGGAAGCGUGCAAUAUUUACAUUUUAAUGUCCCUUAAAGAAUAUCUUGACUGACCUUUAACAACAGACAUCAUCAAAAAAAAAUCCUUUUAAACCUAAUGGUACAAUACUCGCACAUACCGUAAAUCCUAGGUAGCAUACAGUGGUUUUGUGUAUUUAGAAAUGUGUUUUUAACCUGACCGAUAAGCUUGAAGCUUUGUACUAGCUCACAAGAAAUUUAAAGAUCAACACAGUAUUAAAUGAAAUAACAUUUAAGAUGUUGUUUUAACUUUACAAUUAGACAUGUAGUUUCAAAAUGUCAUGGUUUAAAUAAAACAGGCAAACUUAGUACGAAGUGCAACAAAUGAAAUCCGCCCACGAAUUAAAGUUUACAAGAAGUUUAUUUUAACAAAUGUCUUCAUAUACUGAGGAGUUUUCCAUGAAAUGUUAAAUCAAUACAAGACAACCCCCCCCCCCCCCCCCCCCUUUUUUUUUUUAACCCACUGGCUUCCUGAAUCCAAGGUAAACAAACAGUGCGUGCUUGACACAGUAUGAAUAUAAAUCAUAUCCAGCUUUCAGAGUUACAUUCUAUAAUUUAAUGCAGCUGAAUAAAUUUCCACGAAUUUAAGGUAUUCUAUUCUAUUUUGUUUCUUUAUUUCGACAACGAUACCUACCAUAGAAAUAGAACAUUAAUGUUGAUUAAAACAGAUAAAGUUCAUAAUAUGAUAUAAAUAACAUCAUUCCUUCUCAUAAUAUAAAUUUCUCAUUAAAUGAGGUUUUUUUUCUGCUUGGGAAAAAAUCACCUUUAAAAUACACAUACAUAAUUAUUCUGUAACAAUUCGCCUACUUGUUUUUAAUUUCAAUUUAUUACACUCAUAUUAUAAAUUAAUAUAUUUAUAAAUUACUACUCAAAUAUUUAAAAUGAAUUGUUUAUAUAACUACACAUAACAUUAUGUGUAUAAUAACGUUAUUAUAUGAAUAUAAAUCAUAUUCAGCUUUAAGAGUUACAUUUAAUAUCUUAUUGUAGCUGUAUAAAUUUCCACGAAUUUAAGGUAUUCUAUUUUAUUUUGUUCCUUUAUUUCGAAAAAGAUACCUACCCUAUCAAAUUAAUUUUGAUUAAAUCAGAUAAAGUUCAUAAUAUAGUAUAAAUAAUAUCAUUCUUUUUCAUAAUAUCAAUUUCUCAUUUAAUUUAGUUUUUUUUUUCUGCUUGGGGAAAACCACCUUUAACAUUCAUACAUAAUUAUUCUGUAACAAUUCGCCUACUUAUGUUUUAUUUUAAUUUAUUACACUCAUAUUAUAAAUUAAAUUAUUUAUAAAUUACUACUCAAAUAUUUAAAAUGAAUUGUUUUUGUAACUACACAUAAUGUUCCACAAGCAUUUUUAGAGUUUUUCUACUAGUAACUAAUAUUUCGUGACUUGAAAUCUGCUCUAGGUCUGUUCCAAAGUAUCUUCUGCACAGCGUUCAUUUUGCUCACCCCUCACCCUGAUCAUCUCCCCCCCUCCCCCCCCCCCCCCCCCCCCCCGUUUGUUGUCUAUUUUACCUCACACAUUCAGAAGUUUCCUAUAACUCUACACAGCUUCAGAUAAGUCAUUUUGUUUUCAUUCUGUUGUUUUUUUUCACGUGUUUUGUGUUCGAGGAAGAAGGCGUUUCGCCGACACGUAAGUUGUUACGUUGUAUCCAUUUCCAGCGUUUACCCCAACUUGUGCUACUUGUUUUCUGAGUCCAUUGAUUAGUCACACAGGGUAUUCCCCCGCGUGUUUUCAAUGAACGAGUGGAGAGUGACAGCCACUGCCAAACACCGUCUUUCAAGCGCAAGUGUCUACGUGAAAACGAUCUGAUUCUUUCCAUUCAUUGUUGACACUUGUCUUGACACAAAGUAGUAGGUUUGGUGUUACGUCGUCGGGAAUAGGAGACACCAAGACCGUCAUUGAAAUUGACACGCUUGUCCGGAAUGGUAAUCAUGUGAGACAGCUGUCAAUAUCGGGGAUCAUAGCUGACAGUUGUCCGUGUUGGGAUAAUAGCUGACAGUUGUCAAUGAUUGGCAUAAUAGCAGACAGUUGUCAUCAGACAUAUAUCAAGGGCGGAGAUCGCAUCAGAGAGUUGUUAAGGAUGGAGAUGAUAGCAGGCGGUUGUUCAGUAUGAUAAACAUAUCAGACAGUUUUCAGUUUUGGCGAUCAUAGCAGACAGAUGUCGAUCCCGUUGAAUGUAUUAAUUAAAUAAUUUAUUUUUAUAAACAUUAACCUUCUUGAUUGGAUGUGAUGCCUAAAAUGACACUUUAACCAUCUAGAUUGGAUGUGAUGCCUACAAUGACAGAAACCAGAGGGUCGUGGGGCUCCUGGCUAGAGUUUCUCUUCUCCGCCCUGGGCUCCAUGGUAGGACUGGGGAAUAUAUGGAGGUUUCCCUACGUGUGCUAUCAGAAUGGCGGAGGUACGUGUUUGAAUAUAAGUGAACAUCUAUUUGUUAAAUCAGAUCAUUUACUGUGUGCUAGCAUGGUGACGGAUGCAUAUCUUCUCAAAUGUUUCAAGGAAUGGGAAGUGUAAGUUGUAUGCACUAAUGCAAUCAGUCAAGACACCUUUAAGGAAUUUGGGUUAUUGUUUUUACACUGGUGUAAUGUCUUUUACAGGAGCGAAUGUUACUCUUAAAGUAUGUGUACUGUAUGACGUUUAUCUGCUAGAGUAGGCCUGCAAAACAUACGGCCAGCCAGAACCCACUUUGCGGCCCGCGAAGUAACGAGAUAUGUUUUAUUAUUAUUAUUUUCUUAAUAGCUCCCCCCCCCCGCCCCGGUCCUAUUAUCUUUCGGCCCGCACAAGUUGUUCAUAAAGUUUUACGGCCCGCCUCGCUGUUUGAGAUGUGCAGGCCUGUGCUAGAGUAUUUUUUUUUCGCUAUGAUUGGGGCAUUGACAUUCAAACGAGCAUUGGAUUUGUGAUUGAUUCUAGCCGACAACUGAAGAGAGGCUUUAUCCUCCCAGUGUUUAAAGUUUCCGAGAUACAUUUUCACUGUGAUAAAAGCGCAUUUUCAGUGUAUUAAGUUUAUGAGCUUCACUAACACUAACACCCAUUGUCACGCACAUAUUUGUUUACUCUUUGUCGUCGUCCCCCCCCCCCAACCCCCAGGAGCUUUCCUGAUACCUUUCUUUGUUGCCAUGCUGGUGUGGGGAUGCCCACUGCUUUUUUUGGAGAUCCUCUACUGCCAGUACUCCUUUCAGUGUAUUAAGUUUAUUAGCUUCACUAACACUAACCCCCAUUGUCACGCACAUAUUUGUUUACUCUUUGUCGUCGUCCCCCCCCCCCAACCCCCAGGAGCUUUCCUGAUACCUUUCUUUGUUGCCAUGCUGGUGUGUGGAUGCCCACUGCUUUUUUUGGAGAUGCUCUACUGCCAGUACUCCAGCCUUGGUCCGGGCAAGGUCUGGGUCAUUUGCCCACUCUUCAAAGGUUUGAUGUUGCUCGCUGACGUGGCAUAGGGCCUAAAUCUUUAACGUCAAUUUUGGCCAGUGUUACCACAGGAAAACCAAAAAAAUAAAAUAGUAAAGAAAAUUAAGAACCAAAUACAGUGCAAUAACUUAAGUUGUUUUCCUUUUCUAAAAAAAAAUGUGGUGCACAGGGAAUAUUUCAUGGAAGAGUAUUUAUGUAGCAACCUAAUUAUUGAAAACUAUGCAGCAAUAUAAAAAAAGCGUGGAUUGGUUUAAAUCAGGUAUUGGCUGCGGUAUGAUGAUCCUAACCUUCGUGGUCUCCAUCUACUACACCAUGAUCAUGGGCUGGACGCUGUACUACCUGGCGAUGUCGUGCAGCGCUGUGCUCCCUUGGACUCUGUGCCCUGACAACCAGACGGCGGUCGCUGCAUGUGUCACUGCAACCAAUGGCAGGUAAUCAGUUGUACCAAGAAUGGAAGGUAUCCUGGUGUACCGGGGAAGACAGGUAUCCCUUUUAACCGAGACUGGCCGGCAAUCUGUUGUACCAAGAAUGACGCGCCAUGAAUGGUAGCGGAAAAUAAAGGUAACAUGUUGUGCCAAUAUUGGGCAAGUGCCGUGUUGUAGCGCCAAUGAGAAAAUUGAUAGGUUGUACCAAGUAAGUUUUGUACCAGGGAUGACGUGGAAAAAUAUUUUCUUCAAAAAUAGAAUUGAAUAUGUUGAACUAAUAUGAUAUUCAAAAUGAUGCACCAAGAAUGACAGGUAAUCGGCUCUAGAAGGACCUGGAUAUUUAAGGAGCUCAAAGCUGUGAUGUUGACAAUGUUUAAGUAUCGGCUUUGAAUGCAGGGUGCACAUCACCAAAAAGUGCCAGGGUGCCGCGAAAAGUCACGUGACGUCUGUGUUGGUCGGAUGUACCGAGAAUGAGAUUUAAUCUGUUGUACCGAGAAUGAGAUUUAAUCUGUUGUACCGAGAAUGAGAUUUAAUCUGUUGUACCGAGAAUGAGAUUUAAUCUGUUGUACCGAGAAUGAGAUUUAAUCUGCUGUACCGAGAAUGAGACUUAAUCUGUUGUACCGAUAAUGAGAUUUAAUCUGUUAUACCGAGAAGGAGACUUAAUCUGUUGUACCGAGAAGGAGACUUAAUCUGUUGUACCGAGAAUUAACUGUAAUUGAAACGCUCUAAAGAGUUUUAAAUAUUCAUAAAAUACCUUAGCCUACUAAUCUCAUUACCGUAGCCUACUAAUCUCAUUACCUUAGCCUACUAGUCUCAUUACCGUAGCCUACUAAUCUCAUUACCUUAUUCUACUAAGCUCAUUACCGUAGCCUACUAAUCUCAUUACCUUAUUCUACUAAUCACAUUACCUUAGCCUACUACUCUCAUUACCUUAGCCUACUAGUCUCAUUACUUUAGCCUACUAAUUUUAUUACAUUAGCCUACUAAUCUCAUUACCGUAGCCUACUAAUCUCAUUAUUUUAGCCUACUAAUUGUAUUACAUUAGCCUACUAAUCUCAUUACCUUAACCUACUAGUAUCAUUACCUUAGCCUACUAAUCUCAUUACUUUAGCCUACUAAUUUUAUUACAGUAGUUACUAAUCGCAUUACCUUAGUUUACUAAUCUCAUAGCUAUUAAGAUCAAAUCUGUAUAGAUAUCAAAUAAAAACGAAUAUACAUUUUCCUAGGAAAAUGUGUCCAUUUUUUUUUCCAAAACGAUGAAAGUUCAAUUUAAAAUUUAAUUAAUAAAACAAAAUGUCCAUCUUAUUUGUUUUGUAUUUUUCUUCCAGCUUUCACAAUGUAACGGCCACUCUUAAAAAUACCACAACGAGCGAAGUAACCCAUCUUACCCAGAGCUACGUGUCCACAGAAGAAGCUUUUUGGUUGUAAGUGAAAAAAAAAAAAAACGAUUAGCUAUUGAAAUACUUAAUACAUGCAGAGGCACCGUAUACGGCAAACCUGUUGCUCUUCCUUGAUUUAUUUGUAGAGUCUUACUCUUGAUAUAUAGGUUUGCGAAAUUCACUUUUUUUCCCCGCCACAACUGUGGCUGUUUUAGAAGAAAAAAUAAAAGGUUUCCCAUCUUGGUCUAGGAACGAUAAUCCAAUGAUGAUCACAGCGUUCAACCUAAAUGAACACUCAACACAGUGUUCUCAUGUCAUGAGCAAAGCUGUCUUACGCACCUCGCACAGGAAAGACGUUAUGUUUUAAUUAUUUUUUUUUUUGUGCACUAAUAAAAAUUUACCUUAUACGUCCAUUACCAACCUAGCUUCAGCAUGAUCCUCAUGUCCCUUAGUCCUUGGACCGUUGGGGCGCCACAGAUGACAUGUGAACUAUCCGCCUCCAUUCGUCUCUGUCUUCUGCACUGCGCACAGCAUCGCACAGUGUUAGUCCUGUCCACUCUUUGAUGUUAUCCUCCCAUCUUUUUCUUUGUCUUCCUCUUCUUCUCCCUCCUCUUGUGGUGCCCUGCAAUAUUUCUUUGGCAAGCCCUUGUAGUUUGCAUUUUUUCAACCUAGCUUAAGCGCAAAAAUUAUGAUUUUUUUUACAUUUCAUUUGUAAAGCUCAUAUAAGGAAAAACAUGAAUGUGGAUCUCCGGAUCCAGGCAUUUCCCAUGACCCGAAAUGCGUUUUUUCCACCCCACACAAUCUCAGGAAACAUCUAUCAACAAGAUUCCACAAAUCCUUCAUAAAUUACUGAAAUCUCACCACUUACAUCAUACUACAUCCUAUUACUAGAAUAAGGAUAAGUAUAGACGUCAAGGGCGUAGGAAGGGGGUGCAGAGGGGCGGCAUUUCGGGAGACUCGCAGCUUUUCCUUUCAUGUGCGUUACAGUCGUAAUUGGAUGAGAUAUAUAUUGCUGUUGUACAAAAUUAUAUCAAGCUUUGUACCCACUAGUUUAACUGCAGUCAAUUGUACAUUAAAUAGAAAACACUUUGGACGCCCUUAAAUACUUGCAUCAGGGGGGUUGAGCUCCCAUGUCCGUCAUCCAUAUCAACGCAUCUGCCCAGGGCGCUCCUCUAGCGUGACCCUCACGGAAAAAUCCGAAACAAACUAGUGUAUUUAUUUCUUCUAAAAAUCCAUUCUUACUGUCGUAUGUACGCAGGAUCUUUAUGAGUAAUUUUGGAAGAUUAGCCGCUGAUCUCCCACAGAGUCCAGGCGUAACCAACAAAUACUUUAAUGAGCCAGAGAGUUGGUUUUUUUUCCAGGUACCUUCUGAGGCAUAAAUCUGCAACGUUAUAUUAAACUGAUCAUAUGGAGAAGUGGUGAACAUUGGUGACUUUGUGUCACAAUCUCAGACUCCGACAGUGGAACAUUAUUACUCCGACAGUGUAACAUUAUUGACUCCGGCAGUGGAACAUUAUUGACUCCGACAGUGGAACAUUAUUGACUCCGACAAGGGAUUUUUUUUUUUCGAUAUCGGAACAUUAUUUGCUACAGAUUAGGAUUUAGUGGUUACAAAAAAAUUCCUAACUUUGAUCAUUAAUUAUUGCUCUAACAGUAAAGAUGUCCUUGGUUUGAGCCCAGGCAUUGAAGAGAUGGGAUCCAUCCGGUGGCCAUUGCUGUUGUGUUUACUUGCAGCUUGGAUUAUUGUCAGUCUUUGUCUCAUAAAGGGAAUUAAAAGUAUGGGCAAGGUCAGUCGGUAGUUUUCUGUUGUUUUUACUGUGGGGUUUUUUUUUAUUCUGUUGUUUUUAUUUGGGUUGGGUGGAAGGUAUAAGGCUGUUGAGUAUACAUUAAUAUAGCACUCAAUGUCAUUUUCCUACUCAGAUCUUGACUCUUAUAUUUGGACUUGGUCGUUCAUUUCUUGAACAGAAUCUCACCAGCGUUCUGAGCAGUGAGUCUGCAUUUGGCGUAUUUGUCUCAAUAAGUAGCCCCGGUGCAAUCAGUGAGAAGAUCUUUCCCAAUCGUCUAUUGAAGACAUGGGUGCCGGAGGCACUGGGGUGAUGGAGAGCAGGGCAUUAGGUCCUUAUCACAUACUCUUACACCCCUCAAAACCUCAGGCUACUUAUGGGUGGUGGAGAGUGGGGCAUUAGGUCCUUAUCACAUACUCUUACACCCCUCAAAACCUCAGGCUACUUAUGGGUGGUGGAGAGUGGGGCAUUAGGUCCUUAUCAAAUACUCUCACACCCCUCAAAACCUCAGGCUGCCACUAUGGGGUGUGGAGAGUGGGGCAUUAGGUCCUUAUCAAAUACUCUCACACCCCUCAAAACUUCAGGCUGGCACUAUGGGUGGUGGAGAGUGGGGCAUUAGGUCCUUAUCAAAUACUCUCACACCCCUCAAAACCUCAGGCUGCCACUAUGGGUGGUGGAGAGUGGGGCAUUAGGUCCUUAUCACAUACUCUCACACCCCUCAAAACCUCAGGCUGCCACUAUGGGUGGUGGAGAGUGGGGCAUUAGGUCCUUAUCAAAUACUCUCACACCCCUCAAAACCUCAGGCUGCCACUAUGGGUGGUGGAGAGUGGGGCAUUAGGUCCUUAUCAAAUACUCUCACACCCCUCAAAACCUCAGGCUGCCACUAUGGGUGGUGGAGAGUGGGGCAUUAGGUCCUUAUCAAAUACUCUCACACCCCUCAAAACCUCAGGCUGCCACUAUGGGUGGUGGAGAGUGGGGCAUUAGGUCCUUAUCAAAUACUCUCACACCCCUCAAAACCUCAGGCUGCCACUAUGGGUGGUGGAGAGUGGGGCAUUAGGUCCUUAUCAAAUACUCUCACACCCCUCAAAACCUCAGGCUGCCACUAUGGGUGGUGGAGAGUGGGGCAUUAGGUCCUUAUCAAAUACUCUCACACCCCUCAAAACCUCAGGCUGCCACUAUGGGUGGUGGAGAGUGGGGCAUUAGGUCCUUAUCAAAUACUCUCACACCCCUCAAAACCUCAGGCUGCCACUAUGGGUGGUGGAGAGUGGGGCAUUAGGUCCUUAUCACAUACUCUCACACCCCUCAAAACCUCAGCCUGCCACUAUGGGUGGUGGAGAGUGGGGCAUUAGGUCCUUAUCAAAUACUCUCACACCCCUCAAAACCUCAGGCUGCCACUAUGGGUGGUGGAGAGUGGGGCAUUAGGUCCUUAUCACAUACUCUCACACCCCUCAAAACCUCAGCCUGCCACUAUGGGUGGUGGAGAGUGGGGCAUUAGGUCCUUAUCAAAUACUCUCACACCCCUCAAAACCUCAAGCUGUCAUGAUGCAGAGAACGUCACAGACACCCGUCCCCAUGUUUGUUUGAGUGUCUUGGGGAGGGGAGUAUGGGGUGUUAUGUCUGAGGGUGCCACCUCGUCCCACCUGAUAAAGAAGAGAGCCAUGAAGCCGAUUGUUCGAGGGCGCAGGGUUUGGGCUGGCACCCCUUCAUAAAGUUUUAUUUAGGUAGUUGCAACUUUUUUAUUAAGCAAAUUUUAAUUUCAAUCCAUGCUAUUUCUGUUUUUGUCUUCAGCUGGUGAAGGCAUUUUGCAGAAACGUCUCAUAUUUAUGUUGGGUCCUUCCUGUUUACUCACACAAUUUCUUAGUGUCUUAAAUUAUAUGUCCGUGUCUUUAGGUGGUCUAUGUAGCAGCGUCGGCGCCAUAUGUCAUACUGACGUGUCUUUUGAUAAGGGGCUGCCUGCUGCCUGGGUCUGGCGAUGGGUUGUAUUACUACAUGGUCCCAGCCUGGAGCAAGCUGAUGGAGUUUGAGGCAAGUCAAUGAGGCUGUCGAUCUUAAACUGUUUCUGGCAACGAGAAAAACCUAUAAAUCCACGCAGGGCCGUGCGAAGGGGCGUAAAUGGGGACACUCGCCUCGAGUGAUUAUAUCAGGCAGGCGCCAAAAUCCACUUUAGAUAUGUAUAGGACCUUUAUAAUGGAUUAAACAAUAAAAUACCGUGUACUUAAAGGCAAGGGGCGCCAAAAAUCAUUUCGGGCUGCACUUUUUGCUAUAUGGGGGCGUCAUAUUCAUGCUUCAAUCUAGGACGGUUUGUCUCGUUACUUCCCGGAACACAUGCUAAUAAGCAAGGUAGAAUCUACAAAAAUCAAUUAUUUUAGAUUAAAAGGCGAUUUAGUUUAAUAUACUAACAAGUCCAAUGAAGGUUUUCAAAUGGGAACCACCAUCGUUAAAACGUCUACGGUUAACAAUGAGUCUUACUAACAGUGUGGGGCAACCGUUUCAGUAUCGAGUCUCGCUAACUGCAUGCGCUACUCGUGACAACACUCGAAACAGAAAGGUACAGAAGGGGAACCGCUGGUGCAUUGCCAUUGACAGGCGACGUGAAGUUAAAGACGUUGAAAGUCAAGAGUGUAUGAAUUGGAAGGGCUAAAAAGGGGAGGGGGGAGGUGUUGUGGUCAAUCAACGUCUGUAAUGUUUUCAUAUUUGCCAUUUACUGUGUGUGUUUUUUCGUGAGUGAGUGCGUGCGUGGUCGUGCGUGGGAACGGGCAUUGGUUUCGUUUUCGGAAAAAAAAAUUGUUAAAUACUUUACAGCUAAUAUUUCAUCCACAUCUGAAGGUAGGUUAUAAGCAUUCAAAACAAGACGGAUUUUCGCUUUACUAAAUGUGUAAAAUCUUGAGUUGAAAUAUUUUAGCAAAUAACCUCCCAUUUUCCAUUAUAUAUAUAUAUAUAUAUAUAUAUAUAUAUAUAUAUAUAUAUAUAUUUUUUUAUGUUCGUCCAUGUUUGGAGAAGUGCUGCCACGCAAGUUUUCUUCUCCAUUGGUAUGGGUUUCGGUCUCAUCUCUACACUUAAAUAUUUUAAAAAAUAACCUCCUAUUUUUUAUUAUAUAUAUAUAUAUAUAUAUAUAUAUAUAUAUAUAUAUAUAUAUUUGUUCAUGUUCGUCCAGGUUUGGAGAAGUGCUGCCACGCAAGUUUUCUUCUCCAUUGGAAUGGGUUUCGGUCUCAUCUCUACACUGGCCAGUUACAACAAGUUCAAUAACAACUGUUAUAGGUAGACUAAGUCUUUGUCUUGUGUGAAUAUUGUGUUCAAGCAAGACAGAUUUUUUUUUUCUUCAAAGAAACAAAGAAAACUAGAACAAUUAACUUGCCUCAAGAGUUUCAGUUCUUGAUGAGAUUUUCUCGGUGAUAUUUUCUUGAAGAGUUUUUGUUUUUGUUUUUUUGGUGAGAUUUUACCAACAGACUUUCUGUCAGAAAAUUAAUAUUUUUAAUGAUAAAUUAUGUCAUAGUAAUGAACACUGGAAUGUCGUAAUUAACAAUGUUAUGUCGUAAUUAACAAUGUUAUGUCGCAAUUAUCAAUGUUAUGUCGUAAUUAAAUAUGUAAUGUCGUAAUGAAAAAUGCUUUGUCGUAAUUAAAAAUAAUAUGUCGUAAUGGACAAUGUAAUGUCAUAAUGAACAAUGUAAUGUCGAAAUGAAUAAUUUAAUGUCGUAAUGAGCAAUUUAAUGAAAUUUAAUUCAAGCUAUUUAAGCAUUGCUAUUCCCAGGGACGCUCUUAUCUUGCCUCUACUGGACUGUCUGACCAGUGUGUACGCAGGGAUGGUCAUCUUUGCUUUCCUGGGUUACAUGGCGCACAUUUCAAACAAAUCAAUAGACAACGUAGUUGAUGAAGGUAAUUCUUUGUUUUGGUCGAUUAGAACGCAGUUGUCGAUUAUAGUUCAUUCCUUUCAGACACCACGAAAGUCAAAAGUGUCGUCGCUAACAUCCCGCGUCCUAGCAAACAGGACCCUUGGUGGAAGUAGGGUUGCCGACACCAGAGUUCUAAUGAGCCAAAUGAGAGCAAAACACUGCCUACUAAAGCAUACUUUCAUAGGCUAGACAACAAGAGGGACCCGACCUGCCGGCAUUGCAGCCUGGUCCCGGAAACUCUAGCGCACCUGUUGACCGAAUGCCCAGCGCUGGACGUUGCGUGGCAGGCCAGGGCGGUGGGAGAGUCCUGCAUUACGACGAUUUUAUACGGCCCAGCCCAUCAGAAGGGGGCUGACGGCCAAUGUUCUAGCCGGGGCUUAAAGAGCGUUGGCCCAAACCCCCACCAGAAUAUGUGCGUUAGUUAGUUCAUUCCAUUGGUCAUCAUUCAUCGCAGCAGUAGUUUAAUGACACGCCGAAGCUUGAAUUUCCUCCUGACAUUUAGUGACCAUCAUAUUUUAACAUUAAAAAUUGAACUGGAACAUUCUUACUUCUAGGACCUGGCCUGGUGUUCAUCGCGUACCCUACAGCCCUAUCCACGCUUCCCCUCCCUCAGCUGUGGUCAGUUCUGUUCUUCCUGAUGCUAUUUUGUGUGGGUCUCGACAGCCAGGUAAUUGACAACUGCAUGUACGCGUAUUAUUAUAAUAGGAAAAAAAAAAGGGAGAAGGGGGGGGGGGGGGGGGGGGAAAUGGAACGCAACAAAACAACGAACGUGUCGGCAGGAAGCCUUCAUCAGCGAAAAAACAACAGAAAGAAAAAAAACGAAUAAAAUAUAGCACCUAUAGCUGGGAAGUAGUGCCCACGAGGGAAGCGAAAGAAUUGUUAUUGAUAAAAUAGCGUGUUCCGUGCCUAGAGUAUCAAAUGAAGAUAUUUCCAUUGUCCUUAAGAAAAUGUUAACAACGCUCCCCCGUCCUUCUAACUCUAUGUUAAAUCAUUUUUUUUUAAAAAUCCUUUCUAUUAACUUUUGUUUGGGUGUUUAAGGCAAAAUUUCAGACGGCUCAUUGACAUAUUUCCCGUCAGCCUAUCGAGCUGAAACUGGACACGCACACUCGUUGCCGAUGACAACAUAUUUUAGAAAAUUUUAAGCCCCACCCCCAUCCUCCGAAAAUCUUUUUUUCCCCUGUUUUUCAAAAGGAAGAUGAAGGAAAUAUGAUGCCACUGAUUUCUUGAAAUUAAUUUCCGGUAACUGCGCUAAAAAAAAAAUGUUUUGUUAAAUAUUUUAUUUUGUUUUUCUGAAAUAGUUGGUGAAAUAAAUCUGCGGUGUAAAAGUGGUUUGCACGUAUAGAAUAUUGAUAUAACGUCAAAUAAUUGCAGAUGCAUAUAACGGAUUUAUACGAACAACUUAAUUUUUUGGUGCUUGUCAGUUUUAAAAUACAUAAUGAAUACCUAAGGCAUCACCAUCGAACUUGACGGUUACGCAUGCUUUCCGUCGUGAUGCGAAGCACACCUCAGACGUCAUGAAGAGUUUCAGGGAAAGGUCUGUCAUUCUUGAACUCAACACGAUUCUUGAUUUAUUGGGGAUGGGAGAGUCGUAGUUUUGUUGAUAACAAAAAUUGUCCCGUUCCCAGCCUGUGGCAAACUAAUCUCUACGACCUCUGAAAGGGAUUGUGGUGGUAAAAUAUCGACUUAACCGAGACCCUGAGGCGCAUUCAGAUGUGACUCGCGAGCUAAUCUGAUCUAAUAUACUUAAGAAAAACAGUAGACUAUCGAGCCGAAGCUCAUGAAGCCUUCCCCAACGAGUCCCCCGCUAAACUCUAACUGGCCAUCAACUACAUCCCCCAGUAGUCUGUAUUCCAGUCGGGCCGCGACGCUGCACGUCAUGAACUUUCCGCCCCUGAGAUCAAGCUCAAUGAGCUAGUUAACAUAAUGGAUCCACUCAACACAUUGACAUGAAACUUAGUGUUCAAAUUCAAUAGACCGACCGCGAUUUCCAUACUGAAAUAUAACAUGUGUAUUUCAUUGGACAACAAAUUAUAUACUUUUCUUUUAGUUUUACAACCCUGAUGCACUUGUAGCUAACACACACACACACACAAACACACACAAAUGGUGUGGGGAGUGGGGGGAAUUCGUUUUCGGAUUCAUCCUUGGUGAAUUUUUGUACGGAAUAUUCCAUGUGGAGAGUUUUCUGUAAGGGCCGUAUUUGAAUUAGGAAUAAGUCUGUGCGGAAUAUUCGGGUGUGGAAUAAAUAUUUGCUCCAUUCAAUUAUUUGCUUAUAGCCUCUUCGACCGCGGUGUAUUUUAAGACAAAAUGUCCAUUCCCUUUUGUGCAGGUCCGUGGCAUCCCAACUGCCCUAUGCCUAUAUUCUAGUUUAUGCAUUCCCGAGGUAUCACACUGUCCCCUUUCUGUCCAUUCCAGUUUAUGCACAUUCAGGCCAUCACAACUGCCCUCUCUGAUUGUUUCCCAUCGGUUCUGAUGGCGAGAAGAACAAUGUUGACAUUCGGUGUGUGCCUGAUAAGUUUUCUGCUCGGUAUCCCAUUAGCCUCGCAGGUAUUGUAUUCAGUUGAGCCUGUUAUAUUACUGACAUAAGUACGGUAGCUUUAAAAAACAGAAUCAGUAAUCGGAAUAAUGCAAAUAAAACAAGUAUGGUAGCUGUGAAACUAAAAGAAUCAGAAAUCGGAAUAAUGCAAAUGAAGAAAUACGGUAGCUCAAUUUAAGGAAAACAAAUUUUAAUAAUAAAGUUAUGAAUUGAACUAAACAACAUUUUUCAAACGCAUACAUUGUCCGAACUUCAGGGAGGUUUCUACAUUCUGAAUUUAAUGGACUGGUACAUCGCCAGUGUCUCGGUCAUGCUGAUUGCAUUUGUGGAGGUUAUGGUUCUGGCCUGGGUGUAUGGUAAGUCUUGUGAUGUGCGGUAAGGUGCAUCGUAAAUCAGUCACGUGUGGCAGGGUGUAUGGUAAGUCAGUCACGUGAUGUAAGAUUGGGUGUAUGGUAAUUCAGUCACGUGAUGUACAAUUGGGUGCAUUGUAAGUCAGUCACGUGAUAUGAGAUUGGGUGUGUUGUAAUUCAGUCACGUGAUGUGCUGUUGGGUGUGUUGUAAGUCAGUCACGUGAUGUGAGAUUGGAUGUAUGGUAAGUCAGUCACGUGAUGUUCGGUUGGGCGUGUGUUAUGCCAGUCACGUGAUGUGUAAACGAUGUCAUUCAGACAGCUGACUGAGACGUCUGAUUUUUUUUAAAGCAUGUUUUGGAAAUCCAUUUGUUAACUGUUUAACAUGAACACUUUUUGGGGAAAUAAACCAAGCCUUCAUGAAAACGUUCAUCCAUGUCAACAUAAUCAGAUGGAUUAACUUUGUGGAUGUCUCAUCAAAAAUACUCAGAUUGACAAUGUCGAAUUUCCAGAAAGACAAUUUCAAAAACACAGACUGGCAGUAUGAACUACCCAGACUGAUAUUGGAAAAUACUUACACUUACCAUUCCCAAUACGAAGACUGAUGCUGUCAAUUUGCCAGAUUGACAAUGUCAAAUUCCCAGGCAAACAAUUUCAAAACCACAGACUGAAAAUGUUAAAUACCCAGGACACGGACUGAAAACUGCAAAUACCCAGACUCACAUUGAAAGGCAAACACUUAGACUGCCCUAAACACAAAAAGUUUCGAGUAAUCAGUGCCGAUUAUCCUCUAUGUCGAUUAUGCUAUGCACACUAAGACAUUGUCUCAAAUAAACAACAACAUAUACGAAAAUGAACGAAUCUUUCCUACAAAUAAAUUGUGCAAUUAAGUGCAAAGGGAGAAAAAAAAUGGGGGGUGGAGGGGGGUGAUUGGCUUGCAUUGUUAGCUUGACUUGUCUUUCUUCUUUGCGCAAUCACCAUUAUUAAGUUUGGGCCUGCGUUCCACCUGUUAUCAUAUGUAAGCUUAGAGUAUCUGUUCAUGAAAAAUUAAUGUCACUACCUGUUUUCUAAUCCUUUAUUUUUACCAAACCAUUUGAACAGGCACAGACAGCUUGUACGACGACAUCAACGCCAUGAUAGGAUUCAGGCCAAACCCCGUGUGGAAGUAUGCAUGGAGAUACUUCACUCCAAUCUUCGUCUUGGUAAUUUAACGACAGUUUUUUGGAUUUUUUUUUUUUGUUUUGUUGUUGAUGUUGCUGUUGUUGUUGUUGAUGUUGUUGUUGCUCUGUUUUAUUUUACACAGCGGAUUAAAUGGCACGUCAUUCGGCCAUGAUAUGCAGCUGUAGUGGGUCGAAAUGUGGCGGAUCGCAGUGUGGUGGGUCGAAUUGUGGUGGGUCGAAUUGUGGUGGGUCGCAUUGUGGUGGGUUGAACUGUGGUUGGUCGUUCUGUGGGGAGGUCGAACUGUGGUGGGUCGAAUUGUGGUGGAUCAAAUUGUGGUGGGUCGAAUUGUGGUGGGUUGAACUGUGGUGGGUCGAAUUGUGGUGGGUUGAACUGUGGUUGGUCGUUCUGUGGGGAGGUCGAACUGUGGUGUGUCGAAUUGUGGUGGUCCGAACUGUGGUUGGUCGUUCUGUGGGGAGGUCGUUGUGGUGGGUUGAAUUGUGGUGGGUUGGACUGUGGUGGGUCGAAUUGUGGUGGGUUGAACUGUGGUUGGGUGUUCUGUGGGGAGGUCGAACUGUGGUGUGUCGAAUUGUGGUGGUCCGAACUGUGGUUGGUCGUUCUGUGGGGAGGUCGAACUGUGGUGGGUCGAAUUGUGGUGGUCCGAACUGUGGUUGGUCGUUCUGUGGGGAGGUCGAACUGUGGUGGGUCGAAUUGUGGUGGGUUGAACUGUGGCGGGUAGAAUGAGGUGGGUCAACCACGGAUGAUGCAAGUUACAGCCGUCCUGUCAACUGAUUGAUGAUAUAAAUGAGUUGCUGACCCGAAUAGAGACAGACGCUAAAGAGUUGCAUCAAAACAGGCAACGAACUCGUCGCGAUUUACCCCAUCCUUUAUGAAAAAUAAAAAAGAAUAACAAAAGUGCAGAAAGUAUUACAUUGCCUGUGUUAACUCUAUUACCUAGUAAUGUUCUUUUAACUCCACUUGCUUUCCUCUCAGAUACUGGAUUGCAGUUAAUUUGUUUGGGCUUUUGAGGAUUUUCCCGUUAUUUUGUUUUUAAUCCUUUUUUUUUUUGUUACACAAAAAAUAAUAAGUUUAUAUUCUUAGAAUAAAUUAUUUUUUGUGUUAAUUUUUUGUGUUAAUAAAUAAUUUAUUCUAAGAAUAUAAACUUAUUAUUUUAAAAUUCUAUCGUUAAAAAAAAAAAGUGGAGGUUUUUCUAUUUUUUUCUAUUUUUAUUUAUUUAUUUAUUUAUUUAUUUUUAAAUAAAUAACAUUGUCAUAGUUUACCGCUUUUGAACCAACUGUCUAUUGCCAGGUGCUGUGGACUUCGGGUUUGGUCAAUUUUAAAACUAUUGGAUCGGUGUACAGAGGGUAUCCCCCAUGGGCAGAUGGGAUAGGGAUGGUCAUCGCUAUACUACCAGUACUGGCCAUACCCGUCAAACUGGUUUGGACUUUACUUAAGAUAAAGGGCAGUUUGAAACAGGUAAACCGUUAAGGAGAAAAAAAAAAUAAUUUUAAAUGUGUCGUGUACUGCGUUCCGAAAUGUUUAUAGAAAUUUCAAACUUACAACAGUCCUUUAUUUAAAAAGCCAAUGUAGACUAGAUCGAUCAAGAUGUAUUUGUAGAAUAGAUCUGACAAUUCAAUACGCAGAAUAGAUCUGCCAAGUCUAUGGAUAGAAGAAGAGAGUGCCAAGUUUAUUUAUAUUAACUGACAUUUCUAUUUGAAAACGACAUUUGUACAAAAACAAAAACAAAUAAUUCUGACAUUUUAUAUUUUAGAGACUUCGCCAGUCAUUACGCCCUUCACCUUUAUGGAGACCAGCGGUUAACCCUGACGUUAGUGGGGAUUUGGAGUUGAAGAGCUUAAAUAAGUCAAAAGUAUAAAGGGGUGUCUAGGUAGGAAUUAGCUUUACUGUUUGUUGGUGUAUAUAGUCCUACAAUUAUAUAUAUAUAUAUAUACAUAUUAUUUUACCCACUUUUUUCCAAAUGAGAUAAUUAAAUUUGUUUUCUAAAACAGUUUAGUUGUUUUUUUUUAAUUCACUGUGCACUAUCAGUAGCCUGAUUGGGGGUGGGUGACAUUGGUUUGGCUUCUACCACUCAGGACGUGGGGAUAGACAGACACCCCUGAAUGGAAUUGCCUUGUUAUUUUGUUUGUCUGUUUGUUGUUGUACUUUCCGUCUAUUAAUUGUAUUUACAAUAAGAUGAGUAGGAUCGUCGUCGUAAAUUUCUUGAGUUUGAUUUCAGAGGUGUGCUGCCCAUCAGGCAACAAACGGUUCAGAACUUGUCUGCUAUAGAAAAAAAAAAAUGCCAAUUUAUUUUUAUAUUUUUAACAACCGGUUCUGUAGAAUAUUGAAAAUUAAACCACCAGUUAUCCAUAACCGGAUUGAACCGGCUCAGACACUACCACUGGUUGAUGUACAUUGGCCAGAUUUAAAAAAAAAUAAAAAAUUAAGGUUGAUGCCGCAUGCCUGAAGAUAAAUAAUGGUGUAAUUUUCGAAUAAUCUCCCUUUAUGAUCAGUUUAUCAUUCCUCUAAGAUUUUACUGUCAAUGACUGCCUUUUAAUUCUUCAUGCACAACUAGUUAUUCUUAUGUAUUUCCAUAUAAAAAGUACAAGAAAUAAUUGUGCGCCCUCUUCUCCCCGCCCCCUCUCAAAAUAUGCACAUUGUAAUUAAGUUGACAUUUAAUAGAUCUAAAUGUACAAUAUUUUUUUGUUUUUUUAAAGAUUGAGAACCCUUGAGCUUGUUGACACUGAUUUGCUGCGAUGCUUUCAUUGAUAGAAAAU